GGAAAGAGAAUAUAUUCAUUGAGAAAAAAGAAAAGAUGAAAAUGGAAAAUGGUAAGUAUAAAAAGAAAGGACUGUGCGACUCUUGUGUCUUGUCCAAAAGCAGAUCCAACCACAGCCCCAAAAGAAGCAUGAUGGAGCCUCAGCCUCAUCAACUCCUCAUGGAUUGGAACAAAGCUAAUGAUCUUAUCACACAAGAACACGCAGCUUUUCUCCAUGAUCCUCAUCUCAUGUUAGAUCCACCUCCCGAAACCCUAAUUCACUUGGAAGAAGACGAAGAGUACGAUGAAGACAUGGAUGCUAUGAAGGAGAUGCAGUACAUGAUCGCCGUCAUGCAGCCCGUAGACAUCGACCCUGCCACCGUCCCUAAGCCGAACCGCCGUAACGUAAAGAUAAGCGACGAUCCUCAGACGGUGGUUGCUCGUCGGCGUCGGGAAAGGAUCAGCGAGAAGAUCCGAAUUCUUAAGAGGAUCGUGCCUGGCGGUGCAAAGAUGGACACAGCUUCGAUGCUAGACGAAGCCAUCCGUUACACCAAGUUCUUGAAACGGCAGGUGAGGAUUCUUCAGCCUCACUCUCAGAUUGGAGCUCCUAUGGCUGACCCCUCUUACCUUUGUUAUUACCACAACUCCCAACCCUGAUGAACUACGCAGAAGCUCGCUAGCUAGACCUGUGGUGUCGUUAACUCAACCUUUUCCAUGUUGAUAUAUAUAAUAUAUAGUAAUAUAUAUAUAUAUAGAUGCAUAAGGAUUCGAUCCAAGAUUGUAUGGGUAUUAUUAUUGUAAGAUAAAUGAUAAUUGUGUACCAAGUCUUUUAUCUUGAUAUCAUAUGCAUUGGUGAAUAAUGAUAUUGAAUUAUUGAUUGUAUUUCUUCGUAUGGAGGUAAGAGGGGUUAGGG